GUAAGCUUUAUGCUUUUCUGCCUCCUAACCGCCCAGGAGAAGCCGCUUGUCGGAGUGAGCGCGCCGCUGUGGGGCCGCCGUCUCCGUGCGCUCUGACUGGAGGGGGCUGGCUCUCCUGAUUGAAUCCAGCUGUUGGGAAAGUGCUCGGAGGGGGCCCGUUAAUUUGCAUUGCUAAAUAAUCUGUAGCGCCGACAGAGCGGGGAAGAAGCAGAACAGUCCAUUUUGAAAAAGCAUUCUUCCAACACUUGGUCAAUGUACUGGAGCUUCAGCUUGACCAGGCAGCGGUUAAUGAAAACCUGGUGUCGGCUUUCGCGUAAAGGCGCAUAGUUGGGGGUGGUGGUGAGAGCCCUGCUGAGUAGUGGCGAGGGGAUUCAAAUUUACGGGUCGUUUCAAAUCUUUCCUUUGAGAGAACUCAGUUGGAGUCGUAAACCAUGCAUUUAGAGAGACGUGGCUUCAGGUUUUGCUCUCCUUCAAGGAUGCUGACAGCGCUGGUAUUUAUUCUGCUUUGUGUCCAGCCUGGGCGCGGACAGACCUGCACAGAAGGUUUCGCAUAUGAACGCAGGACAAGACAGUGUAUAGAUGUAGAUGAGUGCCGUACCAUGCCAGAUGCUUGCCGAGGAGACAUGCGCUGUGUGAACCAGAACGGAGGUUACCUAUGCAUCCCGAGGAACUUGUACAACCAGCCUUACAGACCGGAUCCCAUAGUGCCUGAGCCGGUUUACCCGGACCCCUCAGCUGGAGACUCUUUCGUCCAAUCUCCCCCAAGAUCUGUGGAGCCCAGCUACCCAAGAGUGAUCAGCACUGCGCAAUGUAUCCUGGGAUAUGCUCUUGCAGAGGAUGGCACCUGUAACGACAUUGAUGAAUGCGAGACAAACUCUCACCACUGUAACCCCACCCAGGUCUGUAUCAACACAGCAGGUGGCUACACAUGCUCCUGCACUGAAGGUUACUGGCUCAUUGGUGGACAGUGUCAGGAUAUUGAUGAAUGCCGCUAUGGUUACUGCCAGCAGCUGUGUGCCAACGUGCCCGGCUCAUAUUCUUGUUCCUGUAAUCCUGGCUUCAUCCUCAAUCCAGACAGCCGGACCUGUCAAGAUGUGGAUGAGUGUGCAGAUGAACCUUGCAGUCAUGGCUGCUUGAAUACCUACGGGUCCUACAUGUGCAACUGUGACGAAGGAUUUGAGCUGGCAUCUGAUGGUACUACUUGCAUCGACUUGGAUGAGUGCAGUUUCUCUGAGUUUCUGUGUCAGUACAGAUGUGUCAACAUCCCUGGUUCUUACUCCUGCAUCUGUCCACCUGGAUAUUAUAUAUAUGAGGAUGGCAGGAGCUGUGAGGAUAUCAAUGAAUGUGACACUGGUAACAACACCUGUACAACAGCACAAGUGUGUUUCAAUUUCCAGGGAAGCUAUACAUGCCUGAAUACUUUACAGUGCAACCCUCCUUACGUCGAAGUUAGUGACAAUCAGUGUAUGUGUUCAGCUGAGAACCCUGCCUGCAGGGAUAAGCCCUUCACUAUUUUGUACCGACACAUGGACAUGUCGUCGGGGCGCAGCGUGCCUGCAGAUAUCUUCCAGAUGCAGGCCACCACGCGCUAUCCCGGCGCCUUCUACAUCUUCCAGAUAAAGUCAGGCAACGAUGGGCGAGAGUUUUACAUGAGGCAAACCAGUAAUGUGAGCGCCACGCUCGUCUUAUCGCGGCCAAUCAAGGGGCCGAAGAAGGUGGUGCUGGACUUGGAGAUGGUCACGGUCAACAAUGUCAUCAACUUCAGAGGCAGCUCCAUCAUCCGUCUGACAAUAUUUGUAUCAGAGCAUCCGUUUUGAGGGUCCCAAAUGAACUUCGUUACCACAAAAGAAAGUCAAGCAUGAAGCAGCUGUUUUCACCUGCAGCUGAUGUAAUAGUUUGCUUGUUGUUGUUUUUUCCCCCCCUCAUUAUGUCACCUUCGGUAGAGACACAACAGGACUCCGCUGAGAUCAGCUGACGGGAAGACUUCCCCGUGCUGGAAUCUCCACCCUUGUUUAAUAGACACUGAGCUUUUAUGACUGCGAUAUUGACUUUCAACACACAAACACACGCACACACAGACAUGCAGGGAUAUUUAUGGUGUACAAUUUCCGACAUCCUCCAUUCAGAGGAUGACCUGACAACAGCAACAUCACAGAGAAUCAGUGUAUAUACACACGAGCUUGUCCAUUUGUCUGUGAAUCUUCAUCCCUUCACAUAAGCUGUGAGUUUUAUGUUGUCAUUUCCUCUCAAGUGGCAUCUGAUCUUAGCUGACAAGAGGAGAGCCAGUUAUCCGAAGCAGAAGUGUAAAUGUGCAUUUUACAGAGACAGUAUUUGAAAUGAUGUAACAACAAGUCAUUAACUGAAUUAUUGAUCACAGUUUCUUUUUGACCAAUAAACUUCUUCACCACA